CCUCCUGAGUUUGUUUUGUGACAAGGUCUCCGGCAGGCAGCUGGGGCUAGCCUCCAGGGUAGCCAAGGAUGGCUUUGCUCCUCCUGCCUCCACCUCCCCAGGGCUGGGCCUUUCUCUGUCUUAUCUAAUUUUUAUUCUCUGUGCACUGGUGUUCUGCUUGUAUCCAUAUCUGUGAUGAUGCCAGGUCUUGGAGUUACAGACAGUUGUGAGCUACCACGUGGGCGCUGGGAGUUGAAUACAGGUCUUCUGAAAGAACAGGCAGUGCCCCCCCCCCCCCUUUUGGUGUUUUCCAGACAGGGUUUCUCUGUGUAGCCCUGGCUGUCCUGGACUCACUCUGUAGACCAGGCUGGCCUCGAACUCACAGAGAUGGACCUGUCUCUGCCUCCCUAGUGCUGGGAUCAAAGGCGAGCGCCACCACCACCUGGCUCACCAAAAUCCUUUUUCCAGGGUUGUUGGCAGGCAACUUUAAUUCCAGCCCUGGGAAGGCUGAGGCGGGAGGAGCAGGAGGGGUUCAGGGUCCUCCUCCGCCGCAUAGUGAGUUCUAGGCCAGCCUGGACUACAGGAGACCCUGUCUCAGAGAUGGAGCAAAAAUUGUGGCGGGAGAGAUCUGGAAACAGCGGCGGCAGGGAAUCUUUGAAAUAAACAGGUUCCCGGAUCCGCUUACGGCCUGCUCGGCUGCCGCGGCCGGGGCGGGAGGCGCAGGACGCGGCGGACCCGCGCGCCAUGGACAGCGCUGCGCCCCCUGCGCCCCGCGAGCCCGGGGCCGCCGAGCCCCCCGCCCGCCCGCGCCCGCGCCUGGUGUUCCGCACGCAGCUCGCACACGGCAGCCCCACCGGCAGGAUCGAGGGCUUCACCAACGUCCGCGAGCUCUACGCCAAGAUCGCCGAGGCCUUCGGCAUAGCGCCCACCGAGAUCCUGUUCUGUACCCUCAACAGUCACAAGGUGGACAUGCAGAAGCUGCUCGGGGGGCAGAUCGGGCUGGAAGACUUUAUCUUCGCGCACGUGCGUGGAGAGACCAAAGAGGUGGAGGUCACCAAAACGGAGGACGCUCUGGGGCUGACCAUCACUGACAACGGGGCCGGCUACGCCUUCAUCAAGAGGAUCAAGGAAGGCAGCAUCAUCAACAGGAUUGAGGCAGUGUGUGUGGGCGACAGCAUCGAGGCCAUCAACGACCACUCCAUCGUGGGCUGCCGGCACUACGAGGUGGCCAAGAUGCUGCGCGAGCUGCCCAAGUCCCAGCCCUUCACCCUGCGCCUGGUGCAGCCCCGGAGAGCCUUCGAUAUGAUUGGCCAGAGGAGCAGGAGCAGCAAGUGUCCUGUGGAAGCCAAAGUCAGCAGCGGGAAGGAGACGCUGCGCCUGCGCUCCGGGGCCCCUGCCACUGUGGAGGAAGCGCCCAGCGACGUGGAGGAGGCGGCGGCGCGCAGGGUGGACGACCUGCUGGAGAGCUACAUGGGGAUCCGGGACCCUGAGCUGGGUAAGCGGCGCGGCGGCCGCGGUGGUGGAGACGGCGCGGAGCUCGGCGGGAGCGCAGGCCUUCGCGCGCGGCCUGGACGCCGUUCUGGGCGAGUUCGCCUUCCCGGACGAGUUCGUGGUGGAGGUGUGGGCGGCCGUCGGCGAGGCCCGCGACGCCUGUGGCUAGCGUGUGUGGGAGGCCGCAGCCCUGCGCCCAGCCCCCUGCCGCAGCGCCGCUCCAGAACCCAGGACAGCCCCGAGACAAGGCCCGGCUCUCGAACCCGCCCCAGUUCCGCCACCCAGGCCCACCUCAAGGCCCAGCCCAAUGCUAGCACCCAGCUCAGCCCCGACGCCCGGCCUGGAUCCAGAACCCGCCCCGGUUCUGUGACCCAGGCCCAGCCCGAGGCCCAGCCUGCUUCUGGAACCCCAGUCCUCUCUGAAAUCCAGCCAGGCUUUAGCACCCAGCCUGAUCCUGGGAUGCAGCCUGGUUCCAGAACCGAAGUCAGCCCUGAGGUGCCGGCUGGCAUUGGAACCCAGGACGGCCCUGGGGCCCAGCGUUGCUCCGGAGCCUAUCCUGAAACUGAAAGCCAACCCGGCCCUAGAGCCCAGGCUGGCCCUGAGUCCAGGCCCAGUUCUGGAGCACAGGGCAGUCCUGAAGACCACAGCAGCCCCAGAGCCCAGGCUGGCCCUCAGGUCAGGUUCCACUCGCAGACCAAGGCUGCUUCUGGAACAGAGACAGGCCGUGAGGGUGGGCCCAGUUCUAGAACACAGGCACACCCAGACAGAAAGCCCUGCACUAGAGCACGGCCAGGCACGGGGCCCACGCCCCAUGCCGGAGCCCAGGUCCCGGCUGACCGUCAGCCCUCCAAAGUCCAGCCAGGCCCUGCUGCCCGGCAGCCGCGCUCUGGAACCCCGAUGAAGAGCCAGCUGGGCUCAGAGCACCGCCCCAGUCCCGAGUCCCGGCAGCCAGGUCCCCAGACCCAGCUCAGGGGUGAAGCAGUCGCCGGGGAGGGCCGGCCCUUCUCUGACGCUUGGAGAGGCUCUGGAGGAACCGCUGACUCCAGACCCCACCCAAGGUCUACCACACCGCUGACUGAUGGGACCCAAGCCCGCUCACAGAGCCAGGCACCUCCCCGACCCCUGGGCAGUGCAGGCAGCCAAAGCCAGGCUGCUGCCCCCUCCAGACUGAAGCCCCAGCCCUGCCCCUCAGCCAGGCCACCCCCCAGCACCUCCCAACGCCCCACACCCCCAGCUGGCUGCAGCGAUGGGUCUCGCUCUGAGGCCCAGCCAGGGGACGGUCCCCACUCCCGAAUGCCAUGCACCCCAGAAGCGAGGCCCAGCUCCGGGAUGUUGCCGGCCACCAAGCUCUCCCCACCCAGAAGGCAUGCCAGCUCCAGGACACAGUCCGAUUCUGGGACCCAGACGGACUUCCAGGCCUGGCCCAGCUCCGGAGCCCUCUCGGGUUGUGCUAGCGAUCAAGGGUCUCAGUCACAGCCUUUGGCAGAGAAGGAGCCCGGCUCCAGGGCCUUGUCUAGUUCUGGGGACAAAACUCAGCAGCCGAAGACAGCUGGAGCCAGCUGUGUCCCCAAGGCAGACGCAGGACAGCGCCUUGACCCUGGAGUCCACUCGGCCUCCAGAACCCAGUUCAGUUCUCAGGUACCAGCAUCCAGAGCUCAGCCCAGGCUGGCAGAGGCGUUGAGUUCCAGAACCAGGCCAGGCCCCGGCCCCAGCAGUUCUGAAAGUCAGCCCAGCUCAGGAGCCUGCCCCCUCAACUCUAGAGACAGCAGCAGCCCUCAGACCCCAGGCUUUGAGCCCAGCACACAGCCUGCUCCCCUGGCCCCACCUCAGUCUCCAAGCCCCUCGCACCCAAGAGCUCCCACCCCUGCCCUUAGCAAGGUUGCUAGGCCCCAGCCUCAGGAGGAAACACGGGCCACAGCCAGCCCCAGGCCAGGCCCCUCAGCCUCUCUCCUGAACCGCGGCUCCUGCGCCCCCAGCGCCACCGUGGAGAAGCCAGCCCUUUCUCCCAAGCCCCAGCUGGGUCUCCCGAAGCCCGUGUCCCCCACCAUAUGCGUCACUCCCAGCCCCGCCCCCAGGCCUGGGCCCCUCCCUCACCCCAGCCUGUAACCCUGUGACCGGACUCAUCCCAGUAGGAGGGCAGGAGGGUGGAAACUGAGGCUUGGGUUUCAGGGGCCGGGCUGCAAAUCCGGCGUAACGGGACCUGGCCAGGCCACGGGAGCCUCGGGAGGCUCCUGGGACCUUGGUGGUGAAUAAAGGAGCCGCGUGCCCCCACAGUCGCCUCUCUCCCUUUGCCUGUGGUCUGCACGGAG